AUGGUAAAAGUGUUAACUGGUUUGGCAUUUCUACUUAUUUGGAUGAUAUUUCCUUUAAGUGCCGCACCAAAUCCAACUGGACAUUGUAGAUCAAUUAUAAAUGAAAUGGUUGUUGAGUGUCUACCGUAUUUCGUAAACCAUAACAAUUCCCAACCACAAGAUCCAUCGUGUUGCUCUGCUGUUCAAUAUGUUGUAGCUACUGCUUCUGGUUGCAUUUGCGAUAGUAUUAUGGACAUGGAAAAUUUACCCUUGGAUGUCAUAAAGAGUAUGAAGUUGUCUACUGUUUGUGGAGUAUUAUUCCCUUGUGAAUUGGAUGUCAGUGCUGCUUCAAAAAUUGAAACUUCAUUGGAGUACCUUUCAGAGCUUAGCUCAACGGCACAACCCAGUUAUGCUCCAAAUCUAAAUUCUGAUGCACCUACGCCUGCCCCGAUUUAUGCUCCAAAUUAUAAUUCUGAAGCACCUGCGCCAGCGCCAAUUCAAGAGCCUGGAAAAAAAUUUGAUGUAGUUCGUCUCAUUCCAUUCUUUGGAUUCUAUUUUAUGGUGAUUAUCAUGCAAAUACCUAAACUUGUUUCAAUGGCUAUUAAUAUGAAAGCUACACAACAACCUAGGAAAAACUUAUUAGUUGGUUACCUUAGUUCAAUUUCUUUCUCCAAAUACGCUAGUUGGUUACCUUAG